AACAUGAAAACGACAUCCUCUGCCCUUAACCCCCGGGAGUCAAAUGAUCAGAAUCAUUAUCGGGCUUCUGCCGCGCUUGCUGACCAACUGAUCAUUUGAAUCAAGUGUGUUGGAGGAGGGAAACAUGUAACGCGUGCAGGCGAGGUGCCCUCGAGGACUGCGGUUGCUGAUCCCUGCUGUAAAAGCAGGAGUUUUGAGUCUGACUGGGAACCCGCUUCGGCGACUCGGCAUCCCCAAAGAGUCAUUCCACUCAGUGACACUCUUUCCCGCCCAAUCGCCAAGAGAACCUGAUUUUCUGGAUACGGCAGUCCACAAAGGAAAAGCAAAGUCAGGGAGAUGCAAAUUGUUUCUGCCUUUGGGUUACCGAGGUUUGCCGGAUCCGUGGGUAACAUUCGAAAGGUAAGAAGGGGGGAGGCUACCUGUCACGUGAGGCGCCAUUUGCACUUUGAGUUUUUUUGUGAUGCUUCAUGACUUCUUGUCCGCUCAUCUGUCUGUAUUCAUUCAACACGAACACAUUCAAGCCUUUCUCUAAUUUGCAGCUCAGUGCUUCGGAGUAAGAGUGACAAAAACGGCGUGCUUUUGUGAAGAUUAGUUAAGCCCAGUCCUGUCAAAACCACAUGUGGAAGUAUACCAUUUUUCAAAGCUGGAGAAAAAAAUAAGCCAGAUUUCCUCUACGCUUUCAAGAAAUUCAACGACUUGCAGGCGAUGAACAACCAAGACUACCAUUGGCCUCCCUCAUCAACAGACCAAGACGAGAGUUCACGCAGCAACAUCUCUACGUUCAGCAUUGGCAUGCCAACUACCUGGACGAGAAAAGAUCAGAAGCGGUCACGCGCUGUCUGCUGGAAUUGCCAUUUACUGAUUUUAAAUGUUGCAUCCUUUUGUUGCACUGCAAUUUCAAAGGUCUCCAUUGCCAAGGUGGUCCUUGGAAUUCUUGGACUGGUGGUGGUUGUUGUUCUGAUCACAGUGCCAACAGUGAUUUAUUUAAAAGAGAAGCAGAUUGAAAUCAUGGACAGAAGGACUUUCACACUGGUGGACGUGUUCAACAGUUCCCUCAAACCCAAAUCUUACAACAUCUGGUGGAUCUCCGAUGAUGAGUACCUGCACAGGCGACAAGGUGCCGUCCAUCUUUAUAAUGUCACCACGGGACAGUCAUCUGUCUUCUUGAGCGCGGACACGUUUAGCGAAAAAGGCGCUUCCGACUUUCAGCUGUCUGCUGAUGGCAGAUAUGUGGCAUUCAUGAGCAACUACUCAAUGUUGUGGAGGCAUUCAUUCACAGCUUCAUACUCACUUUAUGAUCGGACUUUGAACAAGUUUGUGGAACCUUCCUACCUGCCUGAAGAAAUCCAAUAUUUGGCUUGGGCGCCGGCAGGCAACAAACUGGCCUUUGUGUGGAAAAAUAAUGUGUACAUAAAGAGCAGCCCCGAUUCAUUGCACCAGCGAGUGACGUUCAAUGGCAAGGAGAAUCAGAUUUUGAAUGGAAUUCCAGAUUGGGUGUAUGAGGAGGAGAUGUUCUCAUCCAAUCAGGGCCUAUGGUGGUCCCCAGGAGGAAAAUAUGUGGCCUAUGUUGAGUUCAAUGAUACAGCGGUGCCCACUGUCGAGUUCUCCUGGUAUGGAGAUCGUCAGUAUUCCCGUACUGUUUCUAUCCCAUAUCCUAAGGCAGGUUCCCCAAACCCAGAGGUGAAGCUGUUUGUUGUGGACACAGACAACACAACAAUGAUCACUGAGGUCCUUGUUCCAGAAGCAUUCAAGUCGCAGGAGCAUUACUUGGCCACAGUGACUUGGGGGACUGACCAGCGUCUUGCCAUCCAGUGGCUAAAUAGGCUCCAGAAUCACCUCAUCCUUCAGAUCUACGACCUCCGGGGCUUCACAUGGGAGCCAGUUCAGCACCUGGAUGUGAAAAGCACCACUGGUUGGAUUGGACGGUUUUCUCCAUCACCUCCAGUUUUUGCCGAAGAUAAGAUGAGUUACUACGUGUUGAUGAGUGACCCAAAAGGUUACAAGCACAUCCAUCACGUUGUGGAGGGCACCGCGACGGCAAUUACCACAGGAGAAUGGGAAGUCAUUGCCAUUCAGAAAGUAACGGCAGAUAGUGUAUAUUUCUCGAGCAACCAAGAGGGAGGCAAACCUGGAGGAAGGAAUAUUUAUAGAUGGAGCAAGGGAGAAGUCAAGUGCCUGACUUGCAAUUUGAGUGGUGAAGUCUGCCAGUAUAAUUCCGCUUAUUUCAGCCAGAAUGCGAAAUUCUACCUCAUGAGCUGCCGUGGUCCGAAUAUACCUUACAGCUCCCUCAUGGAUAACAAGGAGGGCAAAGAGCUGAAGCGGUUGGAGGAUAAUAGCCAAUUCACACGAGGCAUUUCUGACAUCCAAAUGCCCACCAUGCGUCGAGGAACUAUCAAGAUUGCUGGAUACAAGCUCUGGUACGAGAUGUUUUUGCCACCAGGCUUUGACGAAUCCAAGAAGUACCCCUUGUUGCUGGAUGUGUAUGCCGGUCCCUGCAGCCAGAAGGUAGACUUCACCUACAGCGUGGGCUGGUCCACAUACCUGGCCAGCACAGAGAAAAUCAUCGUUGCCAGCUUUGAUGGGAGAGGCAGCGGUUACCAAGGCGACAAGCUAAUGCACGAAAUCUAUAAACAUCUCGGGUCCUAUGAGGUGGAAGAUCAGAUAACCGCAGCCAGGGAAUUCAUCAAAAUGGGAUUUAUUGACAAAGACAGAGUUGCUAUAUGGGGAUGGUCUUAUGGUGGGUAUGUGGCUUCCAUGGCCUUGGGAUCUGGAAGUGGAGUCUUUAAAUGUGGAAUGGCAGUUGCUCCAGUCUCCAAAUGGGAAUAUUAUGAUUCCAUCUACACUGAGCGGUACAUGACAAAGCCAGUUGACAAUCUAGUCGCCUACACUAACUCCACAGUUACUGCACGGGCCAAGAACUUCCAUUCAGUGCAGUAUCUUCUGGUUCACGGAACAGCUGAUGACAACGUGCAUUUCCAGCAGGCAGCUGAGAUUUCUGAAGCUCUGGUGGAUGAGCAGGUCGACUUUGAGGCAAUGUGGUACACAGACAAGAACCACGCGCUUCCUGGUUCUGCCAAUCAACACGUCUAUACCCACAUGAGCCACUUCCUACAGAGGUGCUUUGCAUAAAGUCUAUUGGAUCACCACUCCACUGCAUACGUUGCACAAGGCGGACUGUACAUAGCAUGUUUACUUUUUUGGUUGUCUAAAUGAUUACGGUAAUUUGAAUGGGGCGGCACAGUGGCCGAACAGUACAGAGGUCAUGGGUUCCAAUCGUGGCUCCUCGCCUUCCUGUGUGGAGUUUGAAUGCGCUUCCCGUGCCCGCGUGGGUUUUCUUUGGGUACUCCGGUUUCAUCCCACUUUCCAAAAACAUGCAUGGUAGGCUAAUUGGAUAAACACUCUCAAUCACACCUAGUGAUAAGAUAGAGUCUAUAUUGUUCCUAGGUGUGAUUGAGAGUGUUUGGUUUUCUGUGUGUCCCCUGCGAUGGGCUGGCAACCAGUUCAGGGUGUACCCUGCCUACUGCCUUAAGACAGCUGGGAUGGUCCCCAGCACGUCCCCGUGAGGACAAGCGGUUCAGAUAAUGGAUGGAUGGGAUUUGAAUGGAGGCCAACAUUGUAACAAUAAUGGCUAAAAAUCUAAGAGAAUAAAAAUGCACUCCACAACUUGGAACUGCUAAUCCACCCAAGUUAGAAACAAUGACUACUUAUGUGACCUUCAAAUCAUUUGAAUGCUGCUUUAGCUUGUAUUUAUGAUCUCUGAUGUUGCCAUGCAUGGUUGUCCUUUGCCCAGAUACCCUCUUAAGUGGUCUACAAUAUUGGUGGACAUUAAAAUGUGACGUAUAAACAAAAUAAAGGUAGUUUUAAUCUUUA